AUGACAAUGGCGCAAAGUGACAUCACCACCCGCAUCCGCGACCACGUCGCCUUCCGGCUACGCAGGGAGCACCCAUACAUGAAAACAGCCACGCUCGAAAAGCUGCUGGACUCGCUGACAUCCAACCUCCGCGACAGCCUCCAAUACCAGGCUCAGGAGUUGCAAGACACGAAAGCCCGCGCAAAUUUCUUCAUGCUCCCUCCGGAGCUGAGGAACCGCAUCUACGAGCUCGUCUUAGUAGCAUCCCCACCACUUAUCAUCAAACUACCCAAAUAUAGUCGUUUGACCAAGAUCUAUCGCUGGCGCACCAUCGACCAGCCCUAUGGCCAGAUUCCGAUCGAGAUCCUGCGUGUCUCGCGUCAGGUCAGACAAGAAGCACUCCCCAUAUUCCUGGGCGCCAAUACAUUCGAGCUCACUGUACUCUGGUCCAACCCCGUGGACAUGCCGAACCAGCUCGAGCUUCGUACUUUGUAA